AUGCACCAAACCGGACAGAAAAGGCACAGUUCAAAAAGAAUGCCAUCGCAACCGCAGUUGGAUUUCUCGCUAUGGGCGUACUGGGAACGUAUGCUUGUAAUAAUCCAACAGCGAUUCUGAAAGACAUCUCUGGGUUUAUGUACAUCGGUAGCCAUACAGGUAUGUGCUGGAAGUUAUUAAGCAAGCAUCUACUUCUCUACUGCGGUGCUGAAGGCUGCUCCAGUUCCAGAAGUACUUUGUUUAACUCCGCAUCGCAGGUCGUCUGGAAAGGCGUCCAUCAGGGAUGCGAUUUGUUCUUUCAGCGCUUUUAUCUGCUUCUCCGUCAGUUCGAUAUUUUUUGA